CAUUGCCAUCGACCACAGCAAUUGACACCUGAGCAAGUUAACAAGAAAUUUUUUUUUAAAAACUCUUAAGUAAAACUGGUCUUGGUGCCGUAAAAUAGUUUUAACUGUGUCUAGCAUGAGCAAUAUGAAGAUGAAAUUGCGGAGUUGGUGGAAAACGAUCUUGGAUCGCUGGAAUAAUUAUCGUUAUCGUUUCCUUCCGUGGAUCAUUGUGAAUUUAAAAAACAGACAGACAAGAAAAGUUUAUGCACAAUCAAGUGAUAAAUUAAUAACGGAUGCAAGAGCUCUGGACAUUUUGAAAACAUAUUUCAAGGAAAUCAGCAAACAUAGUAUGGCAGUUUCCAAGGAAGACAUUAUGAGAAAAACUCUUGGCUUCUCUAUAAAACGAUUUCCUAGUCAGGUCUCUGGAACUGGUGUUUUUAUCUCCAGUGGAAACACAAAGAAAGGAGAUGUUGUAUCUAUUUAUCCUGGAACUGUGUAUCAAGUUCAUGAACCAAUAUUUUUUCAGUCCAUUGCAAAUCCAUUCAUCUUUCGAUGUGUUGAUGGUGUUUUAAUUGACGGAAAUGACUCUGGCUUGUCAAGAAUAAUAUAUAAGUCAUGUUGUCAUCGUGACAUGAUUGGACAAUAUUUUACUUGUGAUAUGACAUGGCUCACAUCUACACCUUCAAAUCACCUUUCAUUAGGACAAUAUGUUAAUAAUGCCACAGGAAAAUUCCCUGCCAAUGUUACCUAUCAAGAGCUAGACAUACCAAGUAACUUUCCUCUUGUCUACAUGAAGUACUUGCCAAAUGCAAACUAUGGCCAUAAGUAUUUCAAAGAUGAUGUACUUCAUGUUAGAACAGUUGUUCUUAUUGCAAUAAGAGAUAUCUUUGAAGGGGAAGAAUUGUUUUCAUCCUAUUUUACUGUGGUUCAUAAAAAAAGAACACAACAAUGAGGUUUAUAGAAAAUUGUAAUGCAAUCUGUCGAAGAAAUAUUCCUGUAUAUUUUAUGUAAUGAAAUGUAAACAACUUGGUUGCCUUAUUUAAAGAAUUCAAUAUUAUCAAGAACAAAAAGUCACAGCAUGCAUUAGAAAAAGUUUAUGAAAUAUUUUUUAUAAAAGAAUUGCUCAAAAAUUGAAAACCAAAUCACACAAUAAAACUUUUGUUUGUGUUUAAUGCUCUCAAGUCAAACAAAUUUGGUGAUGAACUAUUUCAGAAAGUAAGUCAUAGGGCUAAGGAACCUGGAGCUUCCAGUGUCAGAGUUAACAUUUUGUAACUUCUAGUUUGUGUUUUUGAUAUAUAUUGACUCUAAACUCCAUGUCACUUAGCAAGACAAUAAUAUUGUUAAUUUGUUGCAAUGACAAUUGACUGUGCA